CGCAUCGUUAGGUUUCAAAUUAGUUAAAAUUAUUGCCUCUUCUGAUUUUGUUGUAAAUCAGAGAGGAGCGACGCAUGGACGAGAGAUCAGUUGUGUUUGUGAAGUGUUUUGGGUUGAAGACGAUUCAUAAUCGAACCUUGAUACUGUAAAAGAUUUUGACGAAGUGAAUGUGAUAUAUAGUGAAAUGGAUAAAACAGAAUCAAUGGAGGAAGCUAAAGUUGAAGUUAAUAACGCAGUAGAAACUAAACUACCGUUUUCAAUUGAUAGCUUGUUGGCUGAUAAAUUUAAAGACAGAACAGAGAGUUCUACGUCUUUAGAUUGUUUCAGUGCGUUUAAAGACCAAGUUAAUGUGCACUCUGAUGAUGAUGAUGAUAAAGGUAGCAGUGGGUCUGAGCAAUUGGACGUAGAAACGUCAGUAGGUGAUGAACGGGAUAUCGGUGAUGUGAAAGCAGAUUAUCAAUCAGCAUCCUGCUCUCGUGGCAAACGCGCCAGAACGGCGUUCAGUGCUCAGCAGAUCAAGAGUUUGGAGGCUGAGUUUGAGAAGAACAGAUAUCUGUCUGUUGCUGCGAGGGGUCGCUUGGCUAGGCAGUUGAGACUUACCGAAACACAGAUAAAAAUAUGGUUUCAAAACCGUCGAACGAAAUGGAAACGAAAAUACACGAACGAUGUCGAAUUAUUCGCUCAACAAUAUUACAAUAGCUUGGGUAUUGUCACACCUAGGCCCAUGUUUGUCGGCGACCGAUUGUGGAUAUUUAACUAUCCUAACCGUCUUCCUCAAUGGAAGUCAUUAAACGUUGCCAACAUCAACCACCAAGGGCAAUUAAUAGACAGGAAUCUGUUUAGGAACGCGCCAAAACCGGAUUCAUUCCUAAUUCCCCCCAACGAGCGGUUUUUGAACAUGGAACGACUGUCACCUGUCAAAGUCCCCGCGCCAAAUCGACUCGUUCCUAUUCCGAAUGUUUACAACAAUUUAGCACAAAGGAGUUUGGAUAUGUAUAAAAAUGGUAUAUUGACUACCACUCCACAAGAUUCAAAUGUUGAUUAUUUGAGAAGACUGGAAGAGAACUUUAGUAUUUAAAUAGAUAUAGGUGAUGAAGUAAAUACCAAAGAUGUAACUAUUUUGUAAAAUAAUAUAAAUCUUUUCGCAAUAUAAUUUA